AAAAGCGGAAACUGUUCGUGACGACCUUGGGUAUCUUCUGUAAGCAUGGCGAAUAAAGAACCAAAUAGGUUUAUUCAGCACCUGAGGGACAUCGCCGGGAGAAUGUCCGCUGGUCCAAGGGGUGCCGGCCUUGGGCUGAAGUUACUCCUUGGUGCUGGAGCUCUUGCUUAUGGAAUCAAAGAAGCAACAUACACAGUGGAAGGUGGUCAACGGGCUAUCAUCUUCAACAGAAUCGGAGGUAUGCAGAUGGAUACUGUUCUGGCUGAAGGGCUUCACUUCAGGAUACCAUGGUUUCAGUACCCCAUCAUUUACGACAUCCGAGCAAAGCCCAGAAAGAUCUCUUCACUGACUGGGAGCAAAGAUCUCCAGAUGGUGAGCAUCGCCCUGCGUGUACUGUCUCGGCCCAUGGCCUCUAAUCUUCCCAUCAUGUAUCAGCAGCUGGGGAUAGAUUACGAUGACCGAGUUCUGCCCUCCAUCGUCAACGAGGUUCUGAAGAGUGUGGUGGCCAAGUUCAAUGCCUCUCAGCUCAUCACUCAGAGAGCACAGGUGUCAUUACUGAUCCGUAGGGAGCUCUAUGAACGAGCAAAAGACUUCAACAUCAUCCUGGACGACGUAGCCAUCACUGAGCUGAGCUUCAGCAAAGAAUACACAGCUGCUGUGGAGGCCAAACAAGUUGCCCAGCAGGAGGCUCAGAGAGCCCAGUUCUUUGUGGAGAAAGCCAAGCAAGAACAGAGGCAGAAGAUCAUCCAAGCUGAAGGAGAAGCUCAGGCCGCUAAGAUGUUAGGAGAGGCGGUGACGAAGAAUCCCGGAUACCUGAAACUCCGACGAAUCCGAGCUGCCCAGAACAUUGCCAAAACGGUGGCUGCGUCUCAGAACAGGGUGUACCUGAAUGCAGACAGUCUCGUUCUCAACCUUCAAGAUGAGUCCUUCAACAAAUUGUCACUGGGCAAGAAGUAACCGUUUCAGAAAGCACUUUGCAUUGCACUCAUCUGAAGUCCUAUGGGCAAUAUCCGAGGGUCUACUCUACAGUGUCUGCUUCUGACUGUAGAACAUACUAAAUACAAGCUACCAAGUAAAGUCUCCGUGUAUUGAAUGACUAGACUUCUGGUGUUAGUGCUGUUGUAUUUUACAAACUGAUCAGUGGGGUUUAACCAAAUCUCAACUCAUUUGUCUAACGAGUUCAAGUUAGGUUGCAGUUUGGUUCAUGAAGGCUUAAUCAUUGUCAUACAGGAAAACUGUCUCUGGAUAUUCUAUGCAACACCACAGACCAGUUCUAAAAUUCUAAAUGUAAUGUCAGUGGGGGUUUUUUUCUGUGUUUGUUUUGAUUUGUUAAUUAUUGUUAUUGAUUUGUCAGAUGACAUAACGAGAUGAAGAAAUUACAAAACCAUUUCCAUCCAUUCUGUAAAGAGACAAUAAUGUCCCUGCUGACCCCGCUCCGGGCCGUGCAAUCAGACUUGAGACACGGCGUUAAAAAGACAGUACAAUAAAGCCUUUUUUUUAUUUCA